GGGGGUAAAAAGCCAAAGCUGGGCUCUAAAGUAUCAACUAAGAAACCUUUGUCAGUGGUUCCUGGAAGCCCAUGUACCAAACGUGGCUUUGUGUCUCCCUUGAUUAUUAAACGCAAGAAGAGAACACAGCCUAAGGUUUAAUCAAGUCAGUCUUCAAAUGAUUACAAUAUUAUUUCUCAAACCCACAUGCUUCCUACAGAUGAUGAGUUAGGCUGUAAACCUCUGAGUCCUCAGAGAGGUUCUUUACCCACUUUCGAGGCAAGUACGCCUCCAUACUUUCCAGAGUUCGCCCCUGCUCUGCUCAACCAGAUCAGCAGGAACACGCAAGUGAUGAGAAUAGUGAAAGUGAUAAUCAGGAUUUCAACUGCAGAAGGGUGGUUUCAUCUCAAGUCUUCUUACACGAGUCAAGAAGAAUCUGAUGAAGGAAUUGAUGUAUUGUCACCAGAUGUGAUUGUGCCCCCUACAAAAAAAUUUCAACCCAUAAUUCUGACUGUAGAUGAUGUCCCCGAUGCACUCCUGCCAAGGAAGGUUGUUAGUGAUAAUACCAUAAAAAUGUUGGAAAGGUGGUUGAAGUGCCGAGGUUUGCCGUUGAAAGCAAAAGAUAAGGCUGAGCUGGUGGAGAGAGUUGGAUUAAAGAUAGCUGGGGGAAAAAGCCAUAUAUUAGACCUCAAAUUAGACAAGGGAAAGUGGUAUGAAAAAAAGCGUGCUGCCCUAGAAGAAGCUGCGAGAACAGAGGUAAACAGCAGCCAGUCCAUCACUCCCUCCCAACAAAUUGUGGAAUUUCCUCGCAGAGGUUGGAAGCCAUUCCCCAGCGUGGAGAUUCCUUGCAUGUUUAACUAUGGCAAUAUAUAUUUUUAUCUAGUUGAGAGUAUGCCAUGUUUAGACAACAAGGAUGAGGAAGAUGACAGUGGCUGUGAGGAGGGAGGACGCACAGAGGAAGCAGAUCCAUUUGAAAAGGAAAACUUUUACAUAAAUGAGAUACAAAUAAUGAGGAAAGGCCUUGCGCUUCCUCAAGAGCAAGAAUGUUGGACACCUGGAGGACACAAGAGAUGAAAAGUGCUACUAUGUAAGAGGUCAAGUCUUAGCAUCCUUCAAAUUGGAGGUUCAUGAAGUUCAUGUGGCUAUCUCAUCGAGGUUAGGGAAUGUGCAGCUUUGCCAGUGUGAUUGUCUUGUACAUGAUUGUAAACUCAGCUGCAACACAUACCAUGAUUUCUAUUGGAAUUGUUUCUUUUCCACAGAGUGCGAGCUGUGCAGACUCCAGAGGAACUCAGAGAUGUUCACAACCCCAGCUAACUCCCGUGCUGUGGGCCAGCAGCUUAGCGCUCCUGACGUCACGAGGCGGCGGUCCGUACUGCCAACAUCUGCCAAGCAAAAUGCCCUACAACAGGGGGAUAUUCCCUUCUGGAGCGUGCUGCUUUUCGAAUGAAGCACCUAGGAGGGCUGGGUUAAGUCCCGAACCGAAGCUGUUCCGCUCGGUUCGGGGUAGUUCGGGAGUUGAGAUGUUCGACCCGGGC